AGUGAUGUCACCUCACUCCUGUGUGGGCAUUCAUUCCAUCAGCAGUUUGUCUCCAAAAGAUGCUCUCCACCAAAACGCAAAAAAACACCUUUGCGCAGCGCGAUGUGACUGUGGCGACUCUCCCAGUGGAGCUGUGGAUGGUCAUAUGUUCGGAACCCCGUGUGCCUCUCGGAAUGACUUGGAGGGAUCUCUAAUGAAGACAUUGCUGUUUGAGGAGAUGUAUUUGUGCGGGAACUGCGGUCUUCUGUGGGCUGCACUCGGCUUGUUUUGACCAGGAGCAUUACGCACAACACAUCUCCAUGCGUUAGAGGCAGCUGGCAGCUCAGCGCACCCAGUCGUGGCUGUUUGUUUUUUUGGGGGAAAGGAGAAGGGUGCGAAACAACAAACAUGACACGAAAGGACAAAUUGGAGCAAGAAUGGAUUUAACCCAGUUAAAUCUCUUGGUGGAAAACGUUUCCAACAAUGACAACGACACGGACGCACCGCUUGGCUUGCCGCACACGGUGGCCGCCACUGCGCUCAUCGUCCUGGUGGUCACUGUGAUCAUCUUGGUGACCAUCGUCGGGAACGUGUUGGUGAUUGUAGCGGUGCUGACCAGCCGGGCUCUCCGUGCGCCCCAGAACCUGUUCCUGGUCUCUCUGGCAUCAGCGGACAUCCUAGUCGCCACACUGGUCAUCCCCUUCUCCCUCGCCAACGAGAUCAUGGGCUACUGGUACUUUGGGAGUACUUGGUGCGCCUUCUACCUGGCUCUGGACGUGUUGUUCUGCACCUCAUCCAUCGUGCACCUGUGCGCCAUCAGCCUGGACCGCUACUGGUCAGUGACAAAGGCGGUCAGCUACAACCUGAAGCGCACGCCUCACCGCAUCAAGUCCAUGAUCGCUGUCGUGUGGUUAAUAUCUGCUGUCAUCUCCUUCCCUCCUCUUCUCAUGACCAAACACGAUGAACGGGAGUGCCUGCUGAACGAUGAGACCUGGUACAUCCUCUCCUCCUGCCUGGUGUCCUUCUUCGCCCCGGGUCUCAUCAUGAUCCUGGUGUACUGUAAGAUCUACAAGGUGGCCAAGCAGCGCUCCUCCACCGUGUUCGUGGCCAAGAACGGCCUGGAGAGGCAGCCGUCUCAGUCCGAGACCUGUUUCGUCAGGAAGGACCGGUUCGAGGCGGAGAGCCCCAGCAGCCAGAGCUCCGGCAGCCACCAGCAGAGGCAGGGGGAGCUGGAUGACAUCGACCUGGAGGAGAGCUGCUGUCCGUCGGACACUAAACCCCGCAGCCAUCGCUUCACCAAACGGAGAAAGGUGGAGGGGUCAGACUGCUGCCCGCCUCAGAACUGCCGUCUCUCCUGGGCUUCAGCCCGGGCGUCGCAGCUCUACCCGGAGCAGAACAACCCAGCUGGGCGACAGCAGCAACAACUGGCAGCGGCCAAUAAGACCAAAGUGAGCCAGAUGCGGGAGAAACGUUUCACCUUUGUGCUGGCGGUGGUGAUGGGGGUCUUUGUGCUUUGCUGGUUCCCCUUCUUCUUUACUUACAGCCUGCAUGCCAUCUGCAGAGACAGCUGCUUCAUCCCCGGCGCACUUUUCAACCUUUUCUUUUGGAUCGGCUACUGCAACAGUUCUGUAAACCCCAUCAUUUACACCAUCUUCAACAGGGAUUUCAGGAAAUCCUUCAAGAAAAUCAUAUGCAGAACUUCUAAACGCACGUAAACACAGAAAGGAGUGCUGGGAGAGAUCCGUUUGGCCUCUUUCACUCAAUGCUGGGUAAUAUUAGCACUCAUUUUUGAUUGUUCCCCCUCCCUAAAUUCAUUUAAAUGUAACUACUAUCAAACUGAAAAAAAGAGCAAGUGUUGUGUGCACAUUUAAAAGUCUGUGAAUAAAAUGUUAAGUUCAUCAAAACCAGAACAUACAUGUUUUUAGUGCAUCGAUGUUGCAAAUAGUCAGUAAUUGAAUCAGAUCACACUGCUUGUAUUAUAGGUCAUUGUAUUAUAAGUCCUGAAAAGAUGCUCUUUUAAACAUAAGAUUUCUGUAUUGGAUCAAUCACUAAUGCUGCAGCAAGCAGGAGGAAAGAGCUACUUCAAGGUAACAUUUAAGUCAUGAAUGUAGCUUGAUUCCAGUGCUGGCGGCUGGAUCGCAGUGGGUGUUUUGUGUAAAGAUAAAAGCAGAUUAAUCCCCACCAUGAAUAAAAUAUGAGAAUGGGGAUAAGGAGGCAAGCAAGUACAGCCUGUGAGUGUGUCUCAUGGGCGAAUACAAAUGAAAUCAGUCCUAUGGAUCAAAUGAUUUACGUUUACCAAUCAUGUGUAGAAUGUCGCAUGGUAGAAAUGUUUGGCAUUACUGCAGGUAUUUCGGACACAGAUUUAUUUUAGCUUGAUGCAGUUAAAGCUACAGCAAGAAAGUCAUUUCUUAUCACUGAACCCCCCAAACUUUUGUAAGAGUCUAAUCUCACACCAGAACAAUGGCCAAGCUGAGGCCUGCGUUUGCAAAAUCUAUUGUACAAUUCUGUGAGUUUCAUUUCAACGCCUCACAAUACCUCAGUAUUUUGUCGGUAAAUAUUUAAACCAUGCAAGAUCAAUGUUCUGCGAAACAAACUUAUUUUUGGGUCAUACAGUCCAGCAAAUAUUACAUUCAUUGUGUUGCAAAAUCAUUUUUUCAUUAUUUUACAAAUAAAAUGUGACUGGUAAGAUGAGAAAAAUAAAAUCCAGUAGAUUUGUUUGACUGUGACAUUGCCAGAGGAUUGAAAGGAUGCUCACA